GUGCUUGUCCAACCGGCUACAUCCACAACCGUCUCCUCAAUGUCUGCUAUCAACUUCAUCUCGACAAGAUCCUUUACACCUACGGUCUUGCUGACUGUAGUUCAAGAGGAGACCACUUUCUUGUCAUUGACAGUCCGGAAAAGCAGAGUCACUUUGUAAAGCAGGUCACAGCCUCUUCAGGUAGUAGAGCAAGUAGCUACUUCAUUGAUGGAUCAGAUGCUGCAACUGAAGGGCAGUGGGUAUACCACGACAGUCGACCAGUGACCUAUUUCGCUUGGAGCCCAGGUUUCCCGACGAAUGUCACAGGAGACAAAGACUUCCUUGUGGCAAGCAGACCGAACAAUGCGUUUCAGUGGCAAGACAGGAAGGUGUCGGAAACGAAGUUCUAUGUUUGCGAGAAAGAUGUUUGAUGUAGCUUGGGGGUUUUCAAGGACUGGGUCAAUACAUCGAUGUACUGCACAAGCCAAGUUUUGUAUACAGCACUAGCCUGAACCACAUUAGAUCGUCAAUCAUGAAGAUUUUCCCCGACCUUCAGCUACUUCAUUUUUCAUUCAUUUGGUAAAAUACCAGAUUCGUACAGACCGAUGCCUUCUGUAUCAAAUUAAUUAGAGAUAGGUAUGAAGAAUCAUACUAAUCCAGCAAGCAUGUCAUCAUUUCAUAAGUAAAUAAGUUCCUUAAUCAACAGACAAACAUGACGUCCUUGACACAUCUAUGUAAAUAGAUAAUGGUGUUGAUUGUUGAAAUGCACUCAUGCGUCUUCUCCCAUCUG